UGCAUUUUUGUUUUUGGGAGACAUGGAGUUAGUUAGGUAGCAGCUUUGGGGUGAGCAGGCUUGGCAGGAGCUGCUUUCAGGAGAUGGUCACACACCAUAUGUUUGCCCAGUCGCAUAUGAGCCUUGACUCCCUUAACCCCAACCAUUCUAACCGGUUUCACCGGCUUACCAUGGCUUUAGCAUCUGUGCAGUAAAUGUAGGGCAUAGCUGUUUGCUUGUCUGCCCGGUGGUUUAAACUAGUAAAACCCAAGCUGUGACUUUUAGUUGUGUCAGUCUGCUGAGCUGGGACACCAUCUCCGCAUGCCCACAAUGAGGCUGAGGUCCAGGGGUAGAGAAAGAAGGGAGAGACAAAGAGAGGAUGAGGUGAAAUUUGAGGAGGUUGAAAUGAUUCCAAAGUCAGGAAAAUCUCCAGCAGACUCGAGGAAGAGUGUCGGCAUCCAUGAGUUUGCAGCACUUGCCAGAUCCUCCUUAAAUGGUAUCUCUCAGGCCGUGAGGGACCAUAUGACAAAGCCUACCUCCCUGGCUCAGGGCCGGGUUGCCCACCUCAUUGAGUGGAAAGGUUGGCCCAAACCUGCGGACCCACCACCGGCUGCCCAAUCCCACUUUAACUCCUACUGCCAUCUGACUGAAGGAGAGAAGGAAGCCCGGUUUGCUGCAGGAGUGGCUGAGCAGUUUGCCAUUGCUGAGGCUAAGCUGCGCGCCUGGGCGUCUAUGGAUGACGAGGAGGAGGAAGAGUCCAACAACGACGAGGACUCCAACACCAACGAACAGACGCACACCUUCUCCAGCCAGAGCUCAGACGCCGCCACAUCCAAUCCUAUCACCAGAGCGCCAUGCCAGCCUGAGGGUGAUGGUGGCGAGGCACCGCCCUCCGACAGCCCCCUGGGCUGCAGCAGCAGCAGCAGCAGUCUGCUCUGCGGUGGGCCUGCAUCUCACAAUGACCCACAUUCAUCCCAGACCAAUUCACCUACUUUACCCAGCGACUGCAUGAGUCCCUUCCUGGAGGAGGAAGAGGAGGAGGAGAGGCUGGAUGGUCACGAGGGGCAGCCGGCGCCUUUGCGGGAGCAGCACAGCGAGGUCUGCGUCCACCACAAGUCUGAGUGGAGGCCUCGGAUCAGGAGCAGCAGGUUCGACUCCUGCUACUCCACCUCUCACUCCGAGUCUCCCGGAGAGGAGGAUGAGGAGGAUGAGGAAGGCAGCGUGUUUCACGAGGUCCCAGUGUGGCACUGCAGCCCAAGAAGCUUCUUCUCUGACCGGGCCUCCUCUGGAGUAGCGUCAUUCGAUGAAGAGGAGGAGAGAGAUGAAAUAGAGGAGAAGAAGCAGGAAAAAGAGUUUUUGAUGUGAUGUGUUGUCCAUCUUUAUGUCUGAGUCCGUGUUGAUUCUGGAUAUGACAUGAUCUAUUCUGCUUUCACUGUUAACCUUGCUCCGCCUCCUCUUCUUCUCCACCUCCUUCUUCUCAUCUCUCCUCCAUUCGCCUUCUGUCUCUCAUCCUCCGGGCCUUUCAUGUGCUGAUCUCGCUUCACCAUUUAUGGCUGCUGUAAACAGUGUAUAUCUCAGAGAGUUCAACCAGAAUGUAAAGCUGUUGUUCAAACUGAGUUUUGUACAUUUUGGUGAAGAGUCAUGUGUUGCAUUGGUUUUCUAUGGAUAUUUUGUAGUGUUGUUUUUUCUGGGUCAUGCUGUGUCAUGUGGGUUGGGCUAUGUUUGAUACUGAAU